CUCGGUUGGCAGUGUCGAGCGAGUUAAAUUGAAUCCGGGCAGUGCACUCGGAGAAUUCACGCCGGGGGCCCCGUCUCUCACUCCGCCGUGUUUAUUACCCGUGCAGUCGUUUCUCGGCCAUCGUAUCGUUCGCGUUAACCUCUCUCUCCGCGGUGUGCGUACAUACAUACGUGCCACAGAGAACUGCUGGGCACACGCACGCUCCGUUCAUUCGUUUCGCAUUCGUCGGGGCGACGCGCGUUCCGCAGCACGUGUGCGAGCGGGUUCCGUGCGCUCGUCGGCAACGUGUCGUCAGAGAUCAAUUUUAUCUACGCGUAAAUGCUCGCGGGAGGAAAGGUCGAACCUAACCUAAAAACCGUCUACUCGUAUCCAGUUCACCACGUAGCAGGGCGGUGCGUCAUUUUCACGGACUCGACCGUGACAGAGAACACGACCCACGAUUGUACAACCAGAUUUUCGUCGCUGGCCGUACGUUGACCGUGCGAAACAUCGUGUAUACGUGUGCACCUCCUCGCGUGUUCCAGGAACCGUUCAAGCUGAGUGUCUGUGCGUUCUCGCUUGCUGCUGGUGAUCAAUCAUGUAAAUCUUAAUGAGGAGCGCGACCCCGAGGGAUUUGGUAUAAUUAGUACGGCGCGCAUACGUAAGUGGACAAUGCCUAGCAAUAUGUAUGCCCGUAUGAUGUAAGACAUGUUAGCGAGACAGCGUUAAGGUGAAAUGUUCCGUUGUUUACCAGAUAGGGUGGCUGGGCUGUUCUAUGCCCACGGCCUGUUUUGCUCGUCUCAUCCUAGAGCAGUAAUUUCACUGGCAAUCUCGAUCGCAUUGCUAUGCUGCUAUCCUUUGGUCAAUGUACCAAUGCCUGGCAAUGCGCCAAGGACCGUAAUCAAUCAUACCGUAGUACCUGAAAAUAACACGGAGAAUUCCGUGUUCUACGUGCAACAAGUGGUAUUAAGGGUCGGCAUUGUCCCAUGGACAGAAGAGUUGACGUUGAUGGACGCUUUUAGGGGACCACUGUACGAGAUCUUUAAUCUGUUAGAGAUCAUACAGAAUUAUCAACAUCCAGAAACAUUAAAAACGCUCGGCCAAGUAUGCUUGCAUGUAGAAGCUGUUAAAAGACGCAAUGGGAAAAAGUCCGAGAUUUUACCAGAAUACAAUUGUCUCGUUCUGUCCCCCGCGAAUUUGUGGCAGAGGAGCAUCGAGCUCUUCGCCCAAGACACCAAUCUCAUAAACACCAUUUAUUCAUAUCAGAAUCUACAGAAGGGUAAAAUUAGCUUAGCAGAAAUAAUGUUCGGGAUGAAUCUGAAAGAGACCGGGAUAAAACGAUACCCGAUUCGACUCAGGCAAAGAAUCUUGCAAUACGCGGUGACCAUUUUCCUAAAAGACUACGACCCUCAAUUUAUAAAAGGGUUGCAACACAGAUUAAAGAGUUAUUACCCGCUUUACCAAGUGGAGAGCAAUAGCACUGGCUCCACGCUCAUAGACGAGACGUUACACAUUUUUUAUCCCGGUGAAUUUAACUACAGCGACUUUUUCCCUCUGAUGAUGACCUUCUUCGCUCUGUUCUUUUAUGUCUAUUUCUCCGUGAGGAAAAUCGAAUUAGUCAAGUCGAAAAUCGGCAUCGCGUUUAGCGCGACGGUGACGGUGAUAGGCUCGCUUUCGAUGACCGUGGGCGUAUGUUUCUUCUUCGGACUGACGUUGAGUCUGAGCGGCAAAGAGGUAUUCCCGUACCUCGUGAUCAUCGUUGGGCUUGAGAACGUGUUGGUGUUGACCAAGAGCGUGGUGAGCACCCCCGCGCAGUUGGACGUGAAAAUUCGCGUGGCCCAAGCGCUGUCCAAAGAGGGCUGGUCUAUCACGAAGAAUCUCCUCACGGAGGUGACCAUCCUGACCAUCGGAUUGUUCACUUUCGUGCCGGCCAUUCAAGAAUUCUGCAUAUUCGCCAUCGUCGGGUUGGUCAAUGAUUUCUUUCUCCAAAUGGUGUUCUUCUCGACGAUUCUAGCGAUAGACAUAAAGAGAACAGAGCUGUCCAGUGAGAACUCCAAACUCCACUUCCCGAACAUCCCCGCCAGUCGUAAACAAUUCACCACGACUAUAACUAACCGGAAACCGAACAUAUUCCGGUCCAAGUCCCACCCGAGAUUGAACGGUCUGUCGAACGGGCCGACGAACGUCAUAGCACCCAACACGCAGAACACGCACACGCUCGGUAAGAUCCCGAAACGUUUGCGUCUGGUACAUUUCUGGGCGAGGACACGGAUAUUUCAGCGCGCCUUCAUGGUCUGGAUGGUCGUCUGGAUCAGUAUGAUAAUAUACAAUUCGGGUAUCAUCGAGCACGUGAUUCAUCUGAGCGAGACGUUGAAGACCGAGUCGGACAUCGAGGGAUACACGGUGGACAGAUCUCACUCGUUGAACAAUUAUGUCGAAUUAAACACUAUGAAACCCGUGUCGAUACCUUCUGCGACGAUAGUCCCAGACCAUUUGAGCAAACAGGGUGACCUAGCUAAUAACGUGACCGAGGAGCUGAACAAAUUAAAACCGGUGGACUUCCCACCGUGGAAUCGAUUGUCGCUCUAUCAUUGGUCAUCUAUCCUUUCGAUGUACAAUAUCUCCGCAGCUGGUGAACGCGUUACUAUACUGCCUACCGUGAAACUGUCUCACGCAGUCAGUCCGCAAUUAGUGAAGCAAAUCAGUAAUCCGAACGAUGUACAACACUUCCAAUGGCAGAGCCUCGCAACAGCCGCGCUUGACCCGCUAGACUUCUCAGAUAUGGAACUGCCGGGCAGGGGCGAAGGUCGAGGUUUCAACGCGGACGCGCCUUUCAUUCCAUCGAGCCCGAUGGAAAUAUUUCUAGCGGCGGUGCUCUGUCUCAUUAGCGUGAUUGUCGUCGCCUAUACGAUGGUCGUUCUAUACAGAUGCAUCUGCUCUAGAAACUACGCCGAAUGGCGAGCCAGCUGGUAUCAGCCAGAAAAGGCACACGACUCGGCGACGCAGUUGGUCCUGGAGGCGUUGCCUUUGGUUCUCGAAGGGCACACGCAAGAGGUGGAGUGCAUCGCCACGGACAGCAACACCAUAGCGAGUACGUGUCUAGCCGGGCAUAUCAGAGUCUGGGACGCGACGUCUGGUGAACAAUUAGUUCACAUAGACAGGAAACAGUUCUUUAGCAGUCCUCAGAAAAAUUUGAACCACGUUACUCCGGAUAUGGACGAACUGAUGUCGGAUUACGAAAGUGGCUCGCCGCCCUCGAGAGGGGAAAUGGAGAACACGAACUCGUUUGGAUUGUACUCGGCUGUUCACUAUAGAAAAUCUUCCCCAGGAUUGUAUCAUCAUAGACCGCAGAGCAAGAGACACUCGAUGGGAAACGCGCCUGAUUACGACUACCAAAUAAAGGAAUUCGGUCUGGAGAGGAGAAAGAACGUUCGCAAGAGUCUGGACAAUGACUACGAUCUUCCCGAUUUGAAAUCUGCUAUAAAUAUCAAAUUCUCUUCCAUGAAACAUACGCCGCAGCAGAGUUCUGAGAGAGGGUACGACUUCGGUGAUCGGUACAAACACCUACUCGAAGAACACAACAAGUCCAUAGACGAGCUGCAGACGUUAGAGUGUCUCGAGCAAUUGAGUGCUCCUAGCGGAAGGUUCAAUUCAUCUGGAUUGCCAGACAAUGUCCAGUCUUCGUUCAGCACUGAUAAGAAUAUGCAAAUUAAUCAUGCGGUGCCUCCUAUCUGGUGCAUGGACUACCAGGAAAAUCUUAUAGUCGUCGGGUGUGCGAAUGGGAAUCUCGAAUUUUGGGAAGGUACCACGGGUAAAUUUAAAUGUUUCUUCGACGACGGAUCGGGUAUCGGGUUAUCCGCCGUGAAGUUCGUCGGGAGCAAAGUGAUAGCCGCGAAACUGAAUGGGUCUAUCGACUUUCUCCAGCUGGAAAGUUACAGUGAGGGUCAGCAAAUAGAUUGGGGCUUCACCUCGUACAGAAGAACGCACGUUAGAACGGGCAGCGCCGGUUCACCUAUGGAUAUAAACAACAUUAUGCAAACAGAGGAGGACCUCCGUUGCAUAAAAAUUGCUUCCCACAAAGCGCACCAGCAGGCGAUAACCGUGCUGGACAGCGAGGGUGGUCGGGUCUUGACUGGGAGUCAAGAUCACACCCUGAAAGUGUACAGACUGGAGGAUCAGUUGCCAUUGUACACUCUGCAUGGUCACUGUGGCCCCAUUUCCUGCCUGUUCAUCGACAGGAUGAGCCCUAUGACAUCCGGCAGCGGAUCCCAGGACGGCCUCCUUUGCGUCUGGGAUCUCCUCACCGGAACGUGCAUGUACAGUAUACAGGCUCACGACGGCGCCGUGGCCGCAAUCACGUGUUCCGUAUCGUAUGUGAUAAGCAUUGGCACCGAUGAGAGGCUAUGUGUCUGGGAGCGGUUUCAGGGACAUUUGCUGCACGCUCUUCCUGCGCACAGAACCGCGUACAGCUUGCAAUUAGUCAUGCUAACGCAUCAUCUACUCAUCACUAGCAAUCAGGGAUCUUUAGUAGUGUGGGACGUGAGGACGGGCGAGCCUGUCCGCGAGGUGAGAUUGGGUCACAAAGAUAGUUGUAUUUUCGUAAAGCAAAUGUUAGCGUUAAGGGACAGCGUGGUGUGCGACUUCGGUCGGCAAUUGCGGAUAGUUAGAUUCCCGCUGGUGUCCGACAAACUAGAUUAAGAACCGUAUGCACCGCGUUUGUACAUAGAUGUUUCGUUUUCUUAAUUUAACUUUCGAGAUAAUACUUAUCGUGCGAAAGAUCCUAUCGCCUUCGGGGGUAUAUAUAAAUUUUUACAGGAUUGUACAUUUUAAAGAAAACAAAUCGUCACUUUUAAUACAGCGUACUUUUAUCAUCAUCGACUACCGUCAUAGUCGCGCCUUAAACAUUUCUAUCACAGGUUCAACUAGAGGAAUACUUGUCCUUUUCUAUGAACGUGACAAUUCUCGAGACGUUGUGCACAUUUGAAUAUAGGAAGAAUAUGUAUAUGUAGCUUAUAAAAAAAAGAAUAUUUUUACAUAACUAAAGCAGAGAAUCGAGUAACUUUCGUCUGAAAAGGAAGGCUGUGCUAUAUUUCGAGGCAUCCGUUUCGUUCUCGCUAAGCGAUUUAGAAGCAUUUUCAUAAUUUCCUCGUUAAUUUCUAAUUUUAAAGGAUCGUCGAAGAGUCCACAAAAUAUAUAUGUACAUACAUAAAUACAUAUAUAUAUAUAUAUAUUAUUAUAUUGAAGUUGCAUUUGUUAAACCGGUGCUGUUCGAACACAGGCGUGCUGGUGUUUCACUUCUGUGUUGAUAAUAAUGAAAUAAAUAUUAUUCAUUGGGUAGAUUUCCCUUACGUGUCGGUUUAUCAAACAUUCGAGGCGAUUAAACAUUUCGGGAUUGAUUCCUUUGUUACACGCGUCACGGUCUAAGUGCCUUUAGUCCAUCUACGUUUUAGAUCAAAUUAACCGAGAAAGCGUCGUAGUCAAAAAUUGUCAAGGAGACAGAUCUCAAUUCUCUCCUCUACUUAAACUCGUUCGUUCGUUCGAAAUUUUUUUUAAGAAUUCUUACGCAGUCAUUUAUAUCUUAGUUUGAGAGUCCAAUAUUUUUUAUCCCGUUUAAUUUCGUCUAGCUUUAACGGUCUAUUUUUGUAAGGAGAAACGUUGUUCUCCAACAAACCGAGAUGGGUCCUAUUAGAAAAAUUCGCUUUGCGAUUUUAUUAGUAUCGGAAGGAUUUUAUGUAGACUGCCAAAGAUGCAGGGUGUAAUUGUUCAACGAACAGAAACACAUUGGUCCGAAAUUAAAUCGGGUACAAAAGAAAAACGUUUGAAUCAAACCCAGCGAAGUCGUAGUUGUAAGAACGUUAUUGAACAAUGUUAGACGUUAAAAAAAUAUUUGAAUACUUGACGAUUAACUGAACGCUUUUUUCAUGUAAAGAGUUAAUCGUUGAGGCAUUCGUCGUUCGUUGUAUGAUCAAGAAGAAGAUAGUGAUCUAUAAAAAGCCCUUUAGACUGAACGUACCACGGUUUAUAUCCGACGAGUCUGUUUUAUUUUCUGAUACCCUAUUCGAGGCAACUACAGGGCUCGGUCAUCGACGUAUUUAAUGAUAGAGGUAUACACGUUAUACAUAUAUUUUUCUUAACCAAAGUUGUAAAUCAUAUCCGAUCAUGACAUACGCUAUUAUCAUGUUUCAUAGAAGUUACUAUAAAUUCGUGAAAAUUUAUAAAAAAAAAAAGGAGACUAUGAGAAAUAUUGUGAUGUGCUUGAGAGAGCGCAGUCGGCUAUUCAUUUAGGAUGACGCGUGAUUUUUAUAUUUAUUAUUUAAUUAAUUUAACAUGUCAGACCUGUCACACCGGAUUAUACCGUUCUUAAUAAAUUCUCACAUUUACUAGA